AUGAUUGCUUGUUUUUUCUUGGGCAGUGUCCUGGCCUACGGCCUGGUCAUGACAUUCUACAGACUACAUGUCCACCCGUUAAGCAAGUACCCUGGACCCUGGCUCGCAGCUGUCACUGGUCUAUAUGAAAUCUAUUUCGCGGCAUGGGGAGUCGGGUCCUUCGAGGACGAGAUUGAUCGAAUGCACCAAAAAUACGGACCAGUGGUGCGGAUUACUCCAGACGAAGUUCAUGUCCAGGAGCAAUUGUACCACACCAGCUACGCCGACGGCUGGAUCAAAGGCACAGAAAGACUAGACUCUGGCCGAAGCCUCUCAAGCAAACCCAGCCAACGCUUCCAGAUAAAGAAGCGAUCAAUCUCAAGAGCUCGAUCAAUCCUACAGGUGGAAGUCCCCCAGAUCAUCCGCGGUCUGAUACAAAGACACCAACUACAUAGGGUAUUUGGCGCGUCGUUUCCCUUGAUUCCUUUACCAGGAGGGCACGAGACCCGAAGUGAUCCGGAAGAGAGCGAUCUAGAAGAAGGCCAACACAGGGUCGAUCGAACGAUUGGCCCGGUGAUGCCGAACCAAAACAUGGCGAUGUCCUCAACAGCAUGA